AUACGCUAUACACAUUUCGUGUGAUAGCAUGUUUGUUAGAGGUUUAAUAUCUAGAGCGCUGUUUGCAUAACAAUUCAUUUCACAUUGACAUUUAAUUGUAGACAGUAUUUCAAAUAGGAACUUUUUGUGGAGAACACUAAGUGUUAUAAGAACUAUGCUUGUGGAGUUUUACUACGACCUUCGGUCUCAGCCUUGUCGGGCAGUCUAUCUUUUCCUGAAGGCUACUGGCAUCGACUUCACACCGAAAGUAACUGACCUGUUGAAGGGCGAACAAAACCAACCAGAAUUAGUUAAGAAGAAUCCAUACCACAAACUCCCUCUGAUCGAUGACGAUGGUUUCAUUUUGGUAGAAAGCGUCGCCAUUAUGCGUUAUCUGGCUAUGAAGAACAACGUUGCUGACAGCUGGUUACCUCGGAAUGACGUCAAACAAAUGGCCCGCGUGGAUGAAUUCCUAAACUGGCACCAUCUUUGCGUCAGGAAACCAUGCGUCGAUCUGUUCCUUGGAACAGUUCGAAAUAAAAUUGUUUUUGGUCAUUUCACAAAAGAACCACUAGAUAAAGAACGAGCCAAGACUUUAAGAGAAGAAGUGAAGAAAUUUGUGACCCACAUCGGAGACUACUACCUAAAGGAUCGCCCUUUUAUUGCCGGGGAUGAAAUAUCCGUUGCAGACAUUUCUGCAGUCUGCGAGUUAGCGCAGUUAACUGGAAUUAAGGAAGAAAGCCUAUAUAUGGAAAACGAAGUUGUUGGGGCUUGGUUCGAAAGAGUGAAGGCGAAGUUGCAACCUCAUUAUGAUGAAUGUAUGGAAACCUUCGCCGCUUUUAAGAAAAAAUUUGAAGAAGCGGAAUAAUAAAAAUUAAUUUGUUGACAUCAGUCUUCGAAAUUUAUAUUUUAACAUCGAUGAAACUGCAUCUCUUGGAUAACUCCUUUAGAAAACAUCAUCAUAUAUUUUGUAUAAGUAUAUAUGCAUUUUUCUUUGCUAGUGUAAUAUUCUGUAAAGAUGUAUAGUAACUUAAAUGCAAUAAAUAAAAAAA